GUUUCUUGACUCCCUAAAACAUAUAACUUUUGUUUUUUGUUCGUUUUUUAAAUUAGUAUAUUGUUUUGUUUGUUUAUUUGGCACGAUGCUGAAACGUUUCGAGGAUGGCAGCUUAGUACGCGAAGUGCUGAAGAAGUGUAACAGGCCUUUGACUGCUUCCGAAAUUUCACGGGCGAUUGCCAGGGCACUAGGUAUACCUCUGGCAUGUGUAAGGCCGCAUAUGGCCGGAGUUCUUCGCGACGGUGUACAUUGGUCGUUUUUGGUCAAGGACAAGGACAACCUUUAUUCAUUGCAAGAGACCAAAUUGUCAGAUUUUGUCGUCGAUGCAAAUACCGGCACGGUCCGCAUAAGAAGGAAACCGAGAGCGAAAAGUCAGGAGCCUCAGCACAUUAUUGCAACCAUUGAUAUAACCCGUUCGGAAAGUACACAGCAGAUCGAAAGCGAAAAAAAUCAUAAUGGCGGAAAUCAGUCAAAAAACGGAGAAUGUUCAUCUAAUGCGACACAAACAGGACGGAGUUUAUCGCGAUCUUCAAAUGAACUGUGUUCCGAAAAGAAGAAAACAACUAAAAACACGGAUCGCCAAACGUCUACAGAACCGUCCCCAAAGAGGCCUUCGUCAACCCCUCCAGGGAAAACAUGUCGACAAAAGAAGACCAUCAAAAAAGCAAACAGAGGCGAUCGUUCAAGGACUGGAAAACGUUCUUUUGGUAGGGGUUGUGCAAAGCCAAAAAAUUGUUCCUCGGACCCUUGUCGCAGGAAAAAAAUUGGUACAGCAAGCAGAAGUAUAGGCUGUGAAAGGAAUUCGUCACGCUCCUCCUGUAAUAGUCCUUCAAAAAGUUCUGCGUGCCCGUCAGCAAUGAAUUGUGCUGCGGUUCAAAAGCGUUCCGCCAGUAAAUGUAUGGAUCAGCCGAAACGUAGAGGAAGGACUUUAUCGCGUCCUUUAAAUAAAUUGUGUUCCGAAAAGAAGAAAAGAACUAAGAACACGAAUCGCCAAAGGUGUCAACAAAAGAAGACCGCCAAAAAGCCAAACCGGAACGUUGGCGGUUGUGCAAGGCCAAAAAAAGAUUGCGCUGCGGUUGGAAAGCGUUCCGCCAGUAAAUGUGUGGAUCAUAAAAGUGAUCCACCAUGCCAGCAAAGUUCUCUUCGAACAAAGGAAAGACAGCGUUCCAAAAGUAUAUAUACGGCUCGUAACGUGAAAUCAUCACGCUUCCCCAGCCCCUCAGCUGACUUCUGCGCAAAGAAAGAAUUUCGAAUUAAGAUCUCGGAUAGCAUGCAAGCUGGCCCAAAAGGAUUGACUUCAAAAUGUAGCCAGGCAAGAAGUGGUAGAGCUUGCUCGGUGGUUGUCAAACAAGAACCAAGCCAAGGCUACCCGGCAUGUAGAAGCACCCGUGCGCCUGUUAAAAGAAGUCAUUCCGUAAGUGUGAAAAGCGAAUCUAAAAGAUCAAGUAGUUGUGGUCCUUCAGCACAAAAGAAGUUAAAGAGAAGCAAUUCAAAUAAAUCCCGUCAAGAGGCUGUGAGAAGAAAUGCGUCAAGAAGUGCAAGCCCAGCCAGAGCGUGUAAGAGAUGCGCGAAACAAUGCAAGAAAUGCAAGCGUUUAGUCACUCAUCAACAUAACUGAUCAAUAUUGUAGAAUAAUUGAAAAUCAUCAGCGAAUCACGAAUGAAGCUUUAGUCCAAUGUAUAUGUCCAGAUUACUCGUUUCUGCUGGAUUUACCGAUCUUUACUUAUGUAACUACAUAAAUGUGGUUUUUAAACACGAAAAAAAAUUCCAGUUAAACUAACAGAAUGUGUGUAUUAAAAUCUCUU